AUGCUGACAGGUGACGCUGAAGCCUGGUGGAGAGGAAAACAUAGAUUAUUGGAAGAGGAAGGAAGAGAGAUCAACUGGAUCUUGUUCAAAGAAGAAUUUUUGGGGAAGUAUUUUCCAAAGCUAUGUAGGAAAGAGAAGGAGAGAGAAUUCCAGAACCUGCGUCAAGGUAUGAUGAAGGUGGGAGAGUAUACUAGGCAGUUUGAAUCCUUGCUAAAGUAUUCUGAAUUUUACCGCUUGCAUCCAAGGGAAGAAUGUAUGUGUGAAAAGUAUCAAGAUGGAUUGAAAUAUGAUAUCCAGAGGGCGGUUCUACCUUUUCAUAUUAUGCGCUUUGGUGAGUUGAUAGAAAGAUGUUUGGAGUUGGAAGGAAUUGACAAUAGGAAUAAUCAAUAUGGAUCAGGAGUACCAACCCGAAACAACAAUCACAAGGGCCAUUUUAACCGAGGCCCUGGAGGAAGGACCCAACAAAGGGGUAGGCCAUAUCAAAGGCCUACACCAUAUCAUAACCAGGAUUCUAGGAGGUUAAUGUUCAAGUGUUACAGCUGUGGAGGGGCACAUCUUAACAAAGAUUGUCCAAAUAGAAAUAUUGGAGCUUGUUUUCGUUGUGGUCAGAAGGGCCAUUUUCUCAAAGAUUGUCCCCAAGGACAAAAUCAACCAACAAGCCAGAAGAGCGUCCUAAUAAACAAUAACAAUUUAGGGAGAGCAAGGAAUGAAGGCUCAAAUGUUGGUCAAGGACCUCAGAAUCAGAACAAGCCAACCACUGGAAGAGUAUUUGCAAUUAGAGGAGCUGAGAUCUCAAAGUCAGAUGGCUUAAUCCAAGGUAUGUGUUUAAUUGGAGAUAAGUUGGUAUCAGUAUUAUACGAUUCAGGAGCUACACAUUCAUUUAUAUCUACAUCUUGUGCGGAAACUCUGGGAUUUGAAAUUGUUGAUCUCAACUAUAAGUUUACCAUUACAACUCCCUCGGGAGAAAGAAUGGUAACUUGUUCAGUUUGUGCAGACUGCCCUGUAAUUUUAGAAAAUAGAAGAUUCUUAGUAGAUCUUGUAGUACUCCCGCUAAAAGACCUAGAUGUCAUCUUAGGAAUGGAUUGGUUAUCAGCCAACGAUGUAAACUUGGGGUGCAAGAUGAAAAUUUUAACGUUUGGAGAAGAUAGUGGAGAAGUCAUAAAAGUGGAAACUCUCACCCAAAAAUUUAUGAUGUUAUUCUUUAUGUCAGAAGGAGAAACCCCUAGUGUUGAAAAUCUUCCAGUGGUCUAUGAAUUCUCGGAAGUUUUUCCAGAAGAGGUUCCAGGUUUACCACCGGUUAGGGAAGUGGAGUUUUCUAUAGACUUGGUUCCAGGCACUGGACCAAUUUCUAUAUCUCCUUAUCGAAUGUCACCCUCAGAGAUGGCUGAGUUAAAGAAACAGUUAGACGAGAUGUUAGAGAAGGAAUUUAUUAGACCGAGUGUAUCGCCAUGGGGAGCUCCAGUCUUGUUUGUUAAGAAGAAUGAUGGUUCUUCUAGACUUUGUGUAGAUUACAGACAACUUAAUAAAGCUACUGUAAAAAAAACUAGUAUCCUUUGCCUAGAAUCGAUGACUUGA